GCGCAGGGCGCGCGGCGCGGCGGGAUGGUAGCGCGAGGGCUGCGCGGGGCGCUGCGCGCGGUUGCCGCCGGGCGCCGGUUCAGCACGCGGCCGGCACGCGCCCCCGCCAUGGACUACCAGGCGCUGGCACUGCCGGCGUGUCCCCGCAGGCCCACGGCAGAGGAGAUGCUACCGGCUGCGGGCACCACCGGGGAGAUCGAGCACGACGGCACGGGGCAGGCUGGUCCCCGGGACCAUGGCGGUGGGCACAGCCCCGAGGCUGCGGGGGUGGGUGCCAUCCUCACCACCCCCCUGGGAUCUUACCAGGAUGCCAUCCGGACCCUCAACACCCUGCAGACCAACGCCAGCUACCUGGAGCAGGUGAAGCGGGAGCGCGGUGACCCCCAGGCCCAGCUGGAAGCCAUGCGGGGCUUUUUGGAGAGGAGCGGGCUGAAGGUCGAGGACCUGGAUCGACUGAAUAUCAUCCACGUCACGGGGACGAAGGGCAAGGGCUCAGCAUGUGCCUUCACCGAGUGCAUCCUCCGCGGCUAUGGGCUAAAGACGGGCUUUUACAGCUCCCCUCACCUCGUCCAGGUGCGCGAGCGGAUCCGCAUCAACGGGCAGCCCAUCAGCAAGGAGCUCUUCAGCAAGUACUUCUGGCUUGUCUACAACCGCCUGGAGAAGACCAAGGACCCGGCAUGCACCAGCAUGCCGGCAUACUUCCGAUUCCUCACCAUCAUGGCCUUCCACGUUUUCCUGCAGGAGAAGGUGGACCUGGCGGUGGUGGAGGUUGGUAUCGGCGGUGCCUACGACUGCACCAACAUCAUCAGGGCACCGGUGGUGUGUGGGGUUUCCUCCCUGGGCAUCGACCACACCAGCAUCCUGGGGGACACUAUGGAGAAGAUCGCCUGGCAGAAGGGGGGCAUUUUUAAGCCCGGUGUGCCAGCGUUCACCGUGGCGCAGCCGGAGCGACCGCUCGAGGUGCUGAGGGACCGAGCCCGGGAGCGGGAGUGUCCCCUCUACCUCUGCCCGGAGCUGGACGCCUUCGAGCGGGACGGUCGGGCGCUGGAGCUGGGGCUGGCGGGUGCCCACCAGCGCUCCAACGCCGCCCUGGCCUUGCAGCUGGCGCGGACGUGGCUGCAGCGCCGCGGCUGCCGCGGUAAGACGGGGGAGACGGGGAUGGAGGGGUUGGACCCCGCUGCUGUCCCCAGUGUCUUAGCAGGACACCGGAUGCUGGACGCCGAGCUGGUGGGGAGGCCGGUGCCACCGGCGCCCACCUUUCACCCCACCGAUGCCAUGAUCCAAGGUCUGCGGGACACGGAGUGGCUGGGCCGGACCCAGGUGCUGCCCCACGGCGCUGUGACGUGGUACCUGGACGGGGCCCACACCACCAGCAGCAUCCAGGCCUGUGUCCGCUGGUUCCGCCAGGCUGCCCUCAACCGGGACAAGCCCCACGACGGCUCGGAGGUGCGUGUGCUGCUCUUCAACGCCACGGGGGACCGGGACACGGCGGCGCUGCUCAAACUGCUGCUGCCCUGCCACUUUGACUAUGCUGUCUUCUGCCCCAACUUCACAGAGGUGUCUGUGGCCAGCAACGCAGACCAACAAAACUUCAACGUGACACUGGAUAACGCCCUGACCCGCUGCCUGGAGAACCAGCAGACGUGGACCCGGCUGCUGGAGAAGGGGGGGCAGGACCCCUGGCUCCCAGCCCCUCUGCGGGCAGGGGGGCUGCUGCAGCCAGCCCCCACCCGAGGGACCCUGCUCCUGGUUCCCCCGGCCCCGCGACCCCUCAAUUCCCCAGCCCUCGUCUUCCCCUGCCUGGCCCAGGCGCUGCGGUGGGUGGCGCAGGGCCGGGACCCCCAGCUGGCAGCCCCCGCUGCCACGGGCGCCCACCCCCUGCCAGCCGCCAGCAGCGGGGCCGUGCUGCUGCAGGAGGCGGCCGCCAUCCACGUCCUGGUCACCGGCAGCCUGCACUUGGUGGGGGGGGCUCUGCGGCUGCUCGACCCCACACUCUCCCAGUAAAUGGGGGGGGCUGGGGCUUUGCACCUCUUUGCACUUGAAGUGCCGGUUCUGCUGCUGCUGAUGCUCGGAGGCGGCUGGGGGGGGAUGUGGAACGCCCAACCCGAUCCCAGCUUGGCCUUUUUUACUCCAGUGCCUUUUACCUGUGCCCCUCCUGGGGACACUGGCCACGGGGGGAUGCUCCGGGUCCCCAACCCACUUUGGGAGGGCCCUGGGGGGGCUGCCCCAGACUGUGCUGGGGUCCCGGUGCCCAGGGGGGUGGGCAGUUUUGGGGGAGGCAGUACGUGGGAGCCUCAAGCCGUCGUGAGGCUCGGAAUCAGGGUGUGACUAAUUUAACGUAGGGGAGAUUUUUAUUAUUAUUAAUAAAAGUUUGUAACUUGGAUAGGGAGCUGGGGGGUAGUUUCUACCUAUCACCCUGCGGUGGGGGCAGCAGCCCUGUACCCCCCCAAUAAACCACUUGCUCUCCCA